UAUACACAACCGAUUCUGUCUAAAAUUUUCUUGAUACCAAAGAUUAAUGAAAUAAAAGUAAAAGUGGUUGUGUUAGGAGUUGAAAGUCUAUGCCGAAAGUUUUUAACCAUCAUGAUUUGGGCAAGAGCUGUAUGGAUCGAAAAUUAUGAGGAAGUAGAAGAUGUUGUGCCAAGAAGGUGGAUAAAUACAAAAAAAAAAAAAUAUUAUUUUGGCCUUCUGGUAUAUCUUAUCGUAGAGCUGUCAAUGAUUAAAAUGGAUGCAGAUGAAACAUGGGACAAAUAUAAACUUAUCAAAAUCAAAUUUGAGAGUGAUGAUAUAAAUGAGCUAAAAGAAUAUGUUUACACAACAGCAGCAGAGGAGGAGGAUGAAAUAGAUCAUUGUUUUACGAGUUCCAAAGGCGCAUUUAAAGUGAAAAAGUUACCAGAAUUUCUGUUGCUUCCACUAGUUUUGCAAUCCAUACCAACAAAAUCAUUAAAGAGAUCAUUUGAUUUUAAUUUGUCACCUGGAUUUAAUAUUUUAAAACAAUCAAGUAUUUGUUCUGCUUUGCCUCACUCUUUACCUUUACAUACAGAGGAACAAUCAACUUCGUAUUCUGAGUCACUGUCUUUGCCUAACUUCUUUUAACCUUCAGAAUCAACUGAAAAGGAACGAUCAAAUUUUUUUACAGUUUUACCUCAUACUCAAGAGUUCAAAAAAAAGAAAACAAAAGAAGAAGAACAAAAAAAACUACGAUUGAAGCCCUUGGACCAGAAAAGUUAGUUAAAAAUCAGUUUCCUAUGGAAGUUGGAAAAUACCAGCAUAUGAUGUUCAAGAUGGUAUCAAAAAUUCUUAAAAACCAGGAGCUUAUUAUUGCGGUAAAUAAACAACCCCAUAGUAAUUUGGCAGUUAAGCAAUUAGAGACUAUAGCAGAAUACGAAGAUUUUAUCAAAUAUUUAGAGGAUGAUUCAGUUCGCCUUGAUUUGGUAAAUACUUUGUCUUGGGAUGUGUAUGUCUUGAAGCCAAUCCAUGGCUUUCAGCUAUUUCUGUACCAGGUUAUUCACAAUGUGAUUAAUCACACCAAAAAGUAAAUGAACUUCCAUGGAAGGAAAUAUUUUCAAAACAACUGAUAAGAUAGGAAAAGGAAAAAAAAAGAGGAUGAGCAGCAUUGAAGAAAGUUUUGGCAUUCCAUAUUUCUACAUGCAGCGAGUUUUGAAGAUUCAAUUUUACACCAACAACAUGGAUGUUAUUAUUAGCUCAUCGCUUAAUUAGGAAGUCCUACGAUAGGACUGCCAUUGUCCUAUCGUAGGGCUUCCUAACUAAGGGAAAAAAAGACCAAUGGCAGCCCUACCCUAGGAUGACUGUUUGAUCUUUGGUGAUUUUAAUUUCCCAAAUAUAACGAGUAUGAAUUUUGAAACAUUUACCAAAACAACCUCUUUACACAUCACGUUCCCUACUUUUCAAACAACCUAUGGUUCCCCAAAAAUUAUGUUGGACUUAUUAUUUACUUACAACAAUAAUUCUAUUUUAAAUUUGUCUUCUAAUGCUAUACUAUGUAAUAACACUGAGGGUUGCUUUAGUAUUACUUCGAGAAUCUUAGUUUAGAACCGCUUCCUGAAAACGAAUUAAAAUUGUUUAGUGGGCCGGGCACCAAGGCUACCAGCAAACCAGCAAAUCCCAGAUUAUUUACAACAACCUGGGUUGCUGGGAGCCUUGGUGCCCGGCCCCCAAAAAUUAGGGUACCACAUGACUUGACAUCUAAAUCAUUUUCAUUAAUUUUUAAUGAAAUUAAUUUCGAUAAUUUCUAAUCAAAUUAAUUUCAUUA